AUGCACCAGGAGGCAAUUGAUUCUGCAGAGUUCGACGUCAUCCCUUACUGCAUAGACAACCAUCAACAUAAACACUCACUCGAUAAACUGCAUGUACAGUCGCGGGAGGAGCCACCUCAGGCUGAUAUCAAUAGCAACCGACGGCUCUUCAAGUCCACUGGAAUCGAGAACGUGAGCAAACACAGCGAGAAGCUAUUGGGAAUUCGUGCGGAAUAUAUGGAAAAUGGCACGGUGAAAUGCGUGGUUCUCAAUGUAGUCGGUCUUGAGCGGGAGGCUGCCGAUCAACACAGGAAGGGCCUGGCCCAAAGGGAUGGCAGCGGUGUUGCGACUGAUGAGACGGGCAACGGCGCGAGCGGCAUUGUCUUUGCAUCGCUGAAGGAUCACUGGCAGCUGGCGAGACGUCAAACAGCAAGUGGAGGGAGCUGA